AUGAACGUAAACGCUCAAGAAUUCAAACCAAAAUUGAACGUAAACGCACCUAUAUUUGUUCCUAAUUGGAACAUUAAUAGUCAAUUUGAUCCGAUGAUACCAAUGGUACCUAAAAAUGAAUCAGCCAUCAUCACCAAUUCUCUAACACCAGCAGCAGCUAUCAAUUCUACAUCAUCAAUAACUAUUAAUUCUCCAGUAGUUACCGAUACACCAACUCUCUUCCAAUAA